AUGGGUAGAGAAGUUUUGAAUAUGGAUCCAGAAAACUGGAAAAAUCCUCAAGAAAAAAUAUAUGGAAGUGAAAAUACCGAUAACUUUAAACCAUAUAUUGCAUAUGAAUAUUCUAGGGGAUCUGGUGACCCAUUUAGAAGAACUGAAUUAAUAUAUAAAGGCAAAGUUCUCAAGCAAUUCCAUCAACUAGGAGGAAGCAUUACUAAAGUAUCCACUUAUUUCACGAACAACAAGGAAGUUCUACUCACAAUAUCAAUAGACGUUACUGACAAAUGUUUUUAUUACACAAACCCUAAUACCGCCGAACCUAUUGAUGAAAACACAGAUUUUGAUUCUAUUGUUACAAAGAAGGAAACUAUUCUUUAUAGAGGUUUUAUUGUGAUGAUUCUUGAUAAUAUCAAGAAAAAUAGCAAACUUGUAUAUGAUGACCUGUCAGAUGAAGUAAAGAAAAAGUUUUGGAGAGGAAGGGACAUCUUGUUUGAUCUUAAAAAUAAACCCGGUGGAAAUAACAAGACAUAUAUAUCGGAAGUUACAGAUAUCCAGGUUGAUAUAGGAGUUGAACAAACAAAUGGUACAGUCACAAAGGUUAAACAUGUCCCAAAAGUCAAACCAUUCUACAUUAGAGGUCUAAGGAAUGCAAACGCUCAGCAGGUGAGCUUAGGCUAUGGCUUCCCAAAUGAGCCCCUAGAAGAGUUCACUGUGUACUAUGAGGGAGAAUUCGGUGGUUAUAGAGAUCCACUUCUAGUCGUUUUAACGUUAUAUAAAGUUGUUGGUGAUCUAACAUAUGUUGAAAGUGAGUAUUAUAUUUCUAGGAAUGAAUAUGAUACUAGAUGGGAUAUUAUCAGGAUUUCAGGUGGCGGAUUGAAUGAUGAAAAUAUUAAAAAAGUCUUAGACAAUAUUAAGGAGUUUACUGAACUAAAGGUUUCUAUGUUAAACAGUUUAAGAAGCAGACUUGCAGAUAUUACUGAAGGCCUUAUCAUUGACCUUUCCAAGACAACUAGUGAAUCUGGAAUAUAUGAUUCUGGUAAUAGUAGGAAGAUUCCCUAUAAAAAGACAACUUAUGUGGAUUAUAAUGCGGUUUCACAUGCCCAUGGAUUCACUAGUUUUACAAUAAAAGGAAUUAAUAUCACAAAGAAUCUACCCAUAAGUUCAAGUCUACUUCCUACAAGUAAUGAGCGACUUUGUAUACUAAAAGUUUUCUACAACAGUACUCAGAAUACCGACUAUCCUCUCAUGAUAUACUUCCAAUAUGCUACUUCUGAGAAGAGGUGGAUAUGUAGACAUUAUGGAGAUAAACAGUGGACAGAGCUUGUAGAUUGUCCAUCUAGUGACACUGAUUUCUCCAAAAUUAAAGAAUCUAUCUUAAAAUACUCUGUUCCAAACGUUACAAUAGAUGUUUCCAAAGCUAGUGGUAAAUACCAGCCAUAUGGGAAUAGUCUAGACUUCACUGUUUUGAGCAACUCAGUUGACUCAUCAGGAUAUAACUUUACACAUAUUGAAUCAGGAAAUAAACCCUUCAAAAUUAAGGGAGUUACGCAUAGUCAAACUACUUUGAAUGAUCCGUCUAAUCUUCUCCUGGUUGAGCUGAUAAAAUCAACUGGAACUAAAACCCGUACAUAUUUCAAGAGAAGUGGAAGAAACACAACCAGUUGGGUAAUUUUAAAUGAGGAUUCCCAACUUUCCGGGAACGAUCUUUCUUCAAAACUCAAAGAACUGAUGAAUGAAUAUGAUCAAUCCAAAUCAGCAUCGGAAAAUAGUCAUAAAGGUGAACAGUCUCCAGAACAGGAAGGAACUGAAACAAAAUCUACUACUUUAGACAACCAACCAAAGGACGAUAAGGACCUCUCCAUAAACCCUUCAUCCGUUCAACAUUCCUCUAAUAAAUCUGGCGCCAUAGUUGGAGUCAUACUUUGCAUUUUACUUGUUGGUCUUGUAAUACGUAAAGUUGGUCCAUCUGUGAGAACCUAUAUAGUAAACAGGUAUCCCAGAUUACGAUUUUAA